UUCUUCAUCAUUUUUUGCAGGUGUGCCUACGAAGAACAAGUCGGAAUGAUGCUUUUGUUAUUUCGGAGGUUUUAAAUGUGUUGGUUUUCGUGAGUGUCCGAGAUGGCCGAAAAGUUCACGCUUGGAGAUCGCGUGACAGUUGUUGGGAAAGACCUGCGUGGGCAAGUAGGUUUCAUAGGCGAAACCGACUUCUCUCCUGGAAAGUGGUACGGAUUAAUUUUGGAUGAACCGAAAGGGAAAAAUAAUGGAACGGUCCAGGGUCGAGCUUAUUUUGAGUGCGAAGAAAAUCAUGGCCUCUUCAUACGGGAAUCGCAGCUACAAGCAGAAAAUACAACACUUGCACCCCCCAAGACAACGAGCAAGUUGGUUUCCCCGAGGUCAUCCUUGAGAAUGGCUACCCCGAGAAGCAGCAAAUUACCGGGAUUAACAGCGAAAACGACGUCGAGAAUUCCAUCUGCUCCCAGUGGGUUGUCAUCCAUGGGAAGCACGACGAAGAGAACGUCAAGGGAAAUGCCGUCGCCGAGACUUGGAACUGCGAGGAAGUCUCGUUAUGGAACCGGCGGGACAUUGGCUGAAAGUUCUUCCGCUGAAUCCCUGGGCGCGGUUUCAAUUCGUUCCGAAAGCAGCGAAACUGCCAAGUCCAUCACUAAAAUAGAAGAAUUGGAGGAGAAGGCCUCUACAUUAUCUACUCAGAGUUCUAUCCUACAAACCUUAUCAGAAGAGAAUCGCAGCUUGAAAAUGACCGUCGAAGACUUGGAAGCACAAUUGAAUAUCAUGAAAGAACUCGUAGAGCUGAGAGACAACUUGGAAAUGGCGUAUUUGGACAAGGAAAUGGCUGAAGAGAAAAUUGAAGAGCUUCAAACGGAACUGGAUCGUGUUCGCGAUGAAGCCGAAGCUCUGAGAACGGAACUGGAAAUCCUCAAGGCAGAACGUGAAACUGAAGGCCUGGAAGAAACUGAAGAUGUGCCCACUUCGUCUGUGGCGAAUAAAGCUUUGGAAGAUCAAAACGUUCGACUUCGUGAAGCCCUCGUCGGGAUGCGUGACCUCUCAGCUCAAGAACGUCACAAGACGCUGAAGUUGGAAAGGAUUUGCGAGGAUCAGCGGAAAGAAAUCGAUGACAUGACUGCUCUCAAAGACAAGCUAGAAGCUAAUGUGGAAGAAGUCAAUAAGCAAUUGCUUGAGGCUUUAGAUCAGAUGAGUGCGUACAUGGGCUCGGAAAAAAUAAUCGACAACCUUACCACGAAAGUCCUGGGACUGGAAGAAGAGCUUGAGGAAACUAGAGAAAAGCUACUCGAACUCGAACGAGACUCAGCCAUAACGCAAGAACUGGUUGAAGCACAAUCAGAAGCAGAAAAGGAAUUCCGGGAUGAAAUCGCUACUUUGCAAACUACAAUCGCGAAGAUGAAACGAGUUCAGGACGAAAUGAAGAACUUGAUUGCCGAUCGAGAUAGCACCAUAUUGAAGUUCCGGGAUUUGGUGUCCCAACUGCACGAGAAGAUCGAACAAAUUUCUCGCGAUAACGCGGAUAAGGAUAGAGAAAUUGAGGAAUCAACAGCAACUAUUCAAGCUAUGCGAAGUAUGGGGGCGUCUGCGGAAUCCGUCGAGUACAAGAUGAAACUUGAACAGAGUCGUGGAAAGAAAGGAGCCUUCGAGAUAGAAAUGAGGAUCCUCGAAGCGGACUUGGCCGGGAAACACGUUUAUUACUUGUCGAAAUUUGUGCCUGCGAACUUCAUGCAACGCGGUGGUGAUCACGAUGCAAUUUUGCUACUGCUGCUGAUUCCACGACUGAUGAGGAAAUGCGAAAUGCUGCACGCGAGUGCCAAGCAGAAUUUCUUCAUGAGUCCCGAGAGCUUUUCUGACGUGCUGAAUUCGGCCCAGGCUCUGUUGAAGGAGCCAGCCGUGGAUCGAGCUUCGUUUGGUCACAGGCUCUCUCGUCUUGUACUCGGGAUCACUGGAAUUCUUCGUCAAUGCAGUAUCGCCAUGGAUCACUGCAGCGUUGAUGCGUUUGUUCGUUUGGCCGCUUUCUAUCCCGAAUUUUCCGUCCAAGAAAAAACUAUCGACGUGUUCGUGGAGCUUCUGAGGCGUGACCAGCUUGACGAAAAUGUCCCUCUGGAAGGAGCCGAACGAGCGUUCAUUCAGCUAUGUCAGUUGUUACACGGAAGCCUGACUGAAGUGAUCAAUACUGGUCGCGAGAAGCCUCUGAGAAAACGUGACGAUAUCUACAGCUGGCUCACGGACAGUCUUUGGCUCCAGGAUUCCGCCAGAACGUUCCAAUCAGCAGUUGAAGCCAUUUUGAUGGAAGUGAGCCGUAUCAAGUGCUUGAUGCUCUCGGGCUCGGAGACGACAGAAAUGGGACUGUUCCUGAAAGAAAUCCACGGCGACGCGGAGGAAACGCGGAAUGCGCUGCGAAAAAUCGCGAGAUUCCUGCCUGCGGACGGGGAAUCCAAAGACGUCGUUGCCUUGGACAAAGGAGUGCGCGAAAUCAUUAAAUCCAGCCACGGGCGUGUCGAUCUUCUAGUCUUGGCUUUUCAGGAUAUUUCCAAGGCCUGUGUGCGGCAGAUAUUAUCUUCCGGGGGAGCGGAUCCGUCGUCUCUAGGAUUGACUAGUGAGAAGGUGAAGGAACUUGCGUUUGUGGCUGUGGAAAACGCGAGUCACAAGUCCUUGGUGAGGUUCCUCAACUCUGAAGACUCGGAUGCUUCCUUUGUUGGGCCCCUGGUGAUGCUGAAGAAGUUUAUGAGUGGCGUCCGCGUCAAUGCGACUGACAUCGCCACGAAUUUGGCUCAAGGAAAGUACGACAUGAGCUUGAAGCCGGACGAAUCAGCGACUGACUGGAAAAACGUAACUUCUCCGUUGGAAUUGAGAGCUGUGAUGAUCAAAGAGGAGAUGAAAGACGCUGAAAAUCUACGCACCAAGCUCGAAAUGCGCGACCAAGACAUCAAAGAUCUGAAGAAAUUGCUGAAACAAAAGCAGGAAGAGAUGAGCGAAUUGGCGAUUCGUCGCGACAUGGCAGAGAAGAAGCUGCUUUUGGUUUCCCAAGAAAAGCAGUUGAGUGAAGAACGCUGGACAAGACGGUUGGAAGAUGCUCAAGCACUCAUCGCGAAAAAGGAGAAAGAGUGCGCGGAGAUUGUGGAUCAAUUGCAAAAAGACGUGGACACUUCGGAGAAUGAGAAGCAGCAGCUCAAGGCCCGACUCCUCGCUGUCAAUAAGUUCCAAGCUCUUGAAGGCGAGUCUAUUCUUUUCUUCGUUAGAAAUUUUGAAGCUGGGCUGGGAAAAAUUGGAACUCCGGGAAGUCCGACGAGUUCUGUGCCGCCCAUGUCACUGCCGGCGAUGGCGUCCACGGCUCUGACUGCAGGAAUGAGUCCACUGGCGGCGAUGAUGUCACAGAGCCCAGGUCGUGGAUCCAUGGGCGGCGUUCACGGAGAACAAAUCCGCGUGUUGGAAGAAGAGCGAGACGCUUUGCGUCGUCUCGUGCGAGUUUUGGAAGAGAAGAAUGCGUCCAUGGUGGUGGACGACAUGAAGAACAAGAUGCUCAGUUUGAAGCCGCUUGUGGUGCCGAAAAAGCGCGGGUCUGGUGGUCCGGAAGAUCGACUCGAUGAACUUCAGAAGCAGACGCAUCGUCUCCUCGACCGUAUUUUCAAGGAGAGCGUUUUGCCGGUCAUUGACAUCACGAAGAGACACGGGCAGGAAAUUCAUCUGACUGAGUUAACUUGGCCCGGGGCUGAGUUACUGGAACGUCAACGCAACACCAAGAAACUCCGUGAUGAACUCGAGGACCUGCGGAGCCAAUCGCUGGACGCUGCGAUUCGGGCAGAAGUCGGCGGUCGGAUGACGGAGUCUACCGGCGCCGUUUUUGGGCGCCCCUUAUACACGAAGGCCCUGCUGGAGAAGCGAUCGUCAUCGGACAAGGAAACAUUGGUUGCUCGAUUAACUGUGCCGAAAAGUGUCGCCCAGCGGAUGAAUUUGCCCAUUGACGAGCCGGUGAAGCGCAUUCGAGUCGAUGGUCGGGAAUGGGCCGAGUUGAUGUUGAGACUCGGGCCUGGAGUUUGUUGAUUGAUUGAUUCGACAUUCUUGCGUUUUGUGAUCCCGGUCGGUUUGUGAUCCGAGCGCCUGUGAAAAAAAAAGUGUGUCGUCUGAACCCCGUAAGCAGAAUGAAUUUUUGUUUGAGUUCUUUUUGUUUAAACCCCCGACCACCCUGUUUUUUUAUUUUAUGUUGGCAACGUCCAUUGCGAGUAUUUCUUUUUAAAAAAUUAAUCAAACAUCAGAAAGAAAAGGCUCUGAAGAUGGUGGUUGUUGAAGUGAAUGAGAGGAUUUUUUUCAAUAUGUCCAUGAUUAAUUUCGCUGUGGAUUACUGAUCCCAAUUACAGUAUUCGUAGUGAUUCGCGAAGCAGCUGUUGCAGUUCUUCCCCCGGACAAGAGAAACAAGGAAUUGUGCAAGAAAUUUUUUUUUUUUUUUUCGCCAUAGAGAUGUUUUCUAAUUAUAAUUCAAGUAACUUAUAUUUUCGCUGCGUAUUCAACUUCCGAAAAUCCAGAAAUUUCUUUGUUAUUUUCUGAAAUUGUUUGAAAGUUAUUCAUUUGACGUGGUUGCAUUUGUUCAGUGCGGAUUUAAAAAAUGGUAUUAUUUUUUAUUGGGUGGUUCACUAGCUACUGGCCACAAAAAAAUAUGUGUAUUUUGCCUAGACGUGAGCACGAAGUUGGGAAAUUGUUGCAUUGGGAACAUUGAACUACUGUACAGUAUUUAUUUGAGUACCACCUUCACCUUUUUCCUCAAAAAUUAAACUCAUAAAAGGUUGCGCGUCAUACUUCAAUAUUCAGUUAAAUUAAAAGAAAAUUUUUUUUUAAGAUUAGAAUGAGUUUAAGUGUACGUUUAGGCUCAAAUCAUUCUGGCAGAUAAAAACGUGAAACAAGAAUAAGUGCAUCAGAAUUUAAUUCUAAUUUUAGCAUUCAUUUACUAAAAUGCAUUGAUUUCGUAUCAUGGAAAAGUGGGUUGCGUGUCUUACAUGAGGAUUUCUUUCUCGAAAUUUCUGUCUCGAAAAAUCAAGUUGCCUGUCUUACAUGAAUGUGCAUGGUACUCAAGGAAAUAUGGUCUUCAAAAGUAAAUAGGAGUAUUUUUUCGUCACAAAAGUUCCUUCAAAUGGGAAAGAGAAUAAAAUUGUUGGUAUUUUAAUGUUAAGUACUCCUCUGGGGAUUUUUCCCCUUAUUUCUGUUAUGUCAAACACGAUCCCUUGAAAUUACGAAACUUGCCUGAUUCGAGGAUUUUUACAUUUCUGAGGCAACAAAUUUCAGAAUUUCAUGUUCAC